CUUAUGUUCUGCCUGUCGAAAGUGAGUGUCGUUCAAGUUAUAUCAGUGGCAGUGGUCAGCAUUUUCACACUUUCUAUCUCUAAAUAUUGUAGAAGGAAAUUUAUUGCUCAGUUCUUGUAGUUUAACAUGAAAGUGAAUGAAAAGAAUCUCAUAGCUAUCGCCAAUGCCUCUAAUUUGGUUAUCGAUAAAGAAGGCUGGCUUAAUAAAAAAGGAGAAUCUAACAAGGGUUUCCAAAAACGCUGGUUCGUUUUGAAAGGAAACCUUUUGUACUAUUUCGAAAAGAAAACUGACAGAGAGCCAGCUGGAGUGGUUAUAGUUGAAGGAUGUACUGUGGAGUUGUCAGAAGAGGAUGAAGCAUAUAGCUUUAAUAUAACUUUCCAUGGUCCAGGAGAUCGCACUUUUGUUUUAAGUGCAGAGAACCAGGAACUGAUGGAAGAAUGGAUGAAAGCAGUAACUUGUGCUAGCUAUGAUUAUAUGAAGGUUAUGGUAACUGAACUACAAAAGCAAGUAGAUGAACUUACAGAGCUUGAGCGGUUACGGAAACUUGGAUUGAAUAGUGUAACAGAUGGCUUGGCAGUACCACCUGUUGUUCCAGCCAGACAACGUCAUAAUCCUUUUAACUUGAUAGAAAGGGAAACUAGUUCCAAUGUAGCCACUCGAAAAGUAAUAAAAAAACAAAAUUUUACCUCCAUUCAUAAUGAGUAUGGUCAACAAAUUAAAACAUAUAGAGAUGUAUGGAAGAGGGAAAAGAGAGCUAAUUUAACCAGUGUUAUCAAAGAAGAUGUGCUGAUAACUUUGUAGGUCUUGUAAGUAGAUGUGAUUGUAAUAAGAUUUGACUAAUGUGGAGGAGCCAUAUGUUGCCUUCAUAUAUGAACUUUUUAAAAAGCAUGUUUUUUCAAAAUAGUGUCCCCUUUUUGAUCUCCUGAUGUACUGUAAUCAAUUUUCACUUAGUGGCCUCUGAUUCAUAUCUUCUUAUAAUAGUAUUGUCAUGUUUCAUUCCAGGUGUUUUCAAUUUAAUUCUGUUUAACAAUAUCGGAAAAAUUUACGACUCAAAAUACAUGAUAAAACAAUGUUUU